CGACCGCGGCGCCGGGAGCGGAACCGGGAAGCGCGAAGAUGGCGGUGGAUAAGGAGCUGUUGGAGCGGGACCUCUACGGGCUGCUGGGGAUAGGGGAGAAGGCGUCCGAGAAGGAGGUGAAGACAGCGUUCCGGCAGAAGGCCCUGACCUGCCACCCGGACAAGAACCCGGACAACCCUCGGGCAGCGGAAAUCUUCCACCAGCUCUCCCAGGCCUUGGCCGUGCUCACAGAUGCAGCAGCCAGGGCAGCCUAUGACAGGGUGAGGAGGGCGAAGAAGGAGGCUGCAGCAAGGACACAGAAGCUCGAUGAGAAGAGGAAGAAAGUAAAGCUUGAUCUUGAAGCCAGAGAACGGGAAGCCCAGUGCCAGGAGAACGAAGAGGAGGAGGUCAGGAUAACGAGAUCAUUAGAAGAAGAGAUAAUCCGCCUGCGUGAGGAGGGCUCCCGGCAGCUGGAGGAGCAGCAGAGGCUCGUCAGGGAGCAGAUCCGCCUGGAAAGGGAGCAGCGCAGCCGGGGCAAGCAGGAAAGAAAUGCAGCAGAAAGCAAAGUAACUCCUAAGCUCAAGCUCAGGUGGAAAUGCAGGAAGGAAGAUGAGACGGGAGGAGGAUACUCCAAAGAUGUGCUGUUGCAGAUCCUGCAGAAGUAUGGAGAUGUGCUCAAUUUGUUGAUCUCCAGCAGGAAGACUGGGAGUGCAGUGGUGGAAUUUGCCACGGUGAAGGCAGCUGAGAUGGCUGUGAAGAAUGAGGUUGGCCUGCUAAAUAACCCCCUGAAGAUUUCCUGGCUGGAAGGCCAGCCCCAGAGCCACCCCAGCACCGUCCUCCCUGACAGCACCAGCCAGCCCAGGACCUCCCAGGCGUCGGUGGUGUCCGAGCGGGACUACGAGAGCCUGGUGAUGAUGAGGAUGCGCCAGGCAGCUGAGAGGCAGCAGCUCAUCGAGCAGCUCCAGCGGGAAGACGAGGAGGAAAAGUCCCACACUUAGCGUGAGAGUAUGGAUUCUCCCCACCCCUCCGUCCCCCCAGAGCUGUUUCUUAAUUUAAGUCAAUAAACCUCCUUUUUUUUAAA